UAGACAUUGGAAUAGACUGCCAAGGGAAGUGGUGGAGUCACCGUCUCUGGAGGUGUGGAAGGAAAGACUGGAUGUGGCACUCGGUGCCAUAGUCUAGUUAAUGUCUUGGUGCUUGGUCAAAGGUUGGACUUUAUCUCAGAAGUCUUUUCCAAUCUAAUUGAUUCUGUGAUUCUGUGAUUAUCUUUAUGCUUUAGGUCAGAUUUAAUGCAGAAUUAUGUUAAUAUUGAAACUAGAAAAAUAUAAAUAAUUAUUAUUAAGAUAAAUGACACUUUAUUUUCUUCACUGCAUAGUAGAUGUAAAGGACUUGGACCCUUGUUUAGAUUGUGCAUUAGAUCCUGAGUGUCAUGCCUACAGAGCUGAGGUUGAUCUGAUUUCUGUUUGAGCACUUGUUCCUGGAAAAGAGACAAACUGCUGGAAGAGUGAGAGAUCAAAUAUGAAAAGUCUUGAAAGAAAAUAAAUGUGAAAUCAAGUUCUUAACAUCCUUUAUCCAAAAACCUGAAGCAGCAGAGAGAUAGUUUUUACAAUGAGGAGAAAUUAUCUUCUAGCUGUUCAAACUUCUGAUUCAUCAAAUAUUAAUGAGGAAGAAAACCUGACUGAUUAACACAGCUUCGGCAGUUUGUUGGGUUUUCUUUUCAUUCCACAGUGUUUGAGAGAUUUGAGGAAAAUUUCAAGGAAUGGAGUUAGCUCACAGUUUGUUGCUUAAUGAAGAAGUGUAUAACCAGCUUGGUGGAUUUCAAAAAGCAGAGUUCAUUUUUGAGUGGUUACAGUAUUUGGAAAAACUUUUACCAGUGACUAGCAGAGCUGAUAUAAGGGAAAACCAGAAGAAACUGGUCGAACAAUUGACUUCUUUAUUAAACAAUUCACCAGGACCUCCUACCAGACGGCUUCUUGCCAAGAAUUUAGCUGUAAUUUAUAGCACUGGAGACACUUUUUCUGUUUACCAAACAAUUGACAAAUGCAAUGAACUCAUUCGGAGUAAAGAUGACUCACCAAGUUAUCUGCCUACAAAACUUGCUGCGGUGGUAUGCUUGGGCUAUUUAUACAAAAAAUUGGGAAGAAUUUUGGGAAACAGUUUUACUGACACCGUUGGGAAUGUGCUUAAAGCAAUGAAGAAUGCAGAGUCUCAAGGUCGUUAUGAAAUCAUGCUUAGUUUGCAAAAUAUAUUAAAUGGUUUAGGAGCUGCUGCUAUCCCCUGUCAUAGAGAUGUUUACAAAGCUGCCCGAUCGUGUUUGACAGAUCGAUCCAUGGCAGUCCGCUGUGCUGCUGCAAAGUGUCUUCUUGAACUUCAGGAUGAAGCAGUAUUUAUGUGGACUACAGACCUGGAUAGUGUUGUGACCUUAUGUUUUAAAUCCUUUGAAGGUUCCAACUAUGAUGUACGAUUAGCAGUUUCAAAACUUUUAGGCACAGUAUUGGCUAGAGCUCUAACGUCUAAGCAGACAAGAGUGUCCACCAAGCAUAACUUCCGCAGAAUCUCUUUGGAAGAGGUGAUGGAGCUACUGGGAACUGGAUUUCUGCGUGGAAGUUGUGGAUUUCUACGAGCCAGUGGCGAUAUGUUGAAAGGGACCAGUUCAGUCAGCAGAGAUGUUAGAGUUGGAAUCACCCAGGCAUAUGUGGUAUUUGUCUCUACAUUAGGAGCAAAAUGGCUUGAAAGGAACUUCUCUGCCUUCCUUUCCCAUAUUCUAGAUCUUGUGUCUCAGUCUCACCCUAAGGCUGUUCAGAGCCCAGUGGAUGCUAUUGGCUGUCGUCGCUGUGUUUCAUUCAUCCUUCGAGCUACAGUAGGAGGCCUGCUCGGGGAAAAGGCUCAAAUUGCAGCUGCCAAGGAGAUUUGUCAGGCCAUCUGGAAACUGAAGAAAGUUGUGGAUGCUGCAAUGAGUGACAGUAACUUGGAAACAAGACUUAAUACAACAGAUGUAACAGGAAGUCAGCAUGUGCUUGUGUGUGCACUUCAGGAACUUGGAAGUCUUAUCCAAGGCUUAGGAACGACAGCAGCACCAUUACUGCAAGACUCCAGUACAGGAGUUCUGGAAGCAGUAAUUUCUAUCAUUCUUCAUCCCAGCAUUUCAGUCAGAAUAACAGCAGCUUGGAGUUUACGCUGUAUUGCAGUAGCAUUACCCUCCUAUGUGUCCCUGCUGUUGGAUCGUUGCAUUGAACGUCUUAGUACGCUGAAAUCCUCCCCAGAAGCAGUAACUGGCUAUAGUUUUGCUGUUGCUGCUUUACUGGGUGCAGUAAAACACUGUCCUUUAGGAAUUCCCCAUGGAAAAGGCAAGGUAAUCAUGACAGUAGCAGAGGAGUUGUUGUGUUCUGCUUCUCAGAACGGUCGCAUUUCACUGCAGCGAACACAGGCUGGAUGGCUGUUGAUAGCUGCCCUCAUGACAUUAGGUCCUGCAGUUGUCCAACAUCAUCUGCCACGAAUGCUGUUACUGUGGAAGUGCAUCUUUCCAUCAUCUCCCAAAGACCUAGAAACAGAGAAGACACGAGGAGAUUCGUUUACCUGGCAAGUAACACUGGAAGGUCGUGCUGGUGCUCUUUGUGCUAUCAAAAGCUUUGUUUCCCACUGUGGUGGUCUUCUUACGGAUGAAGUUGUUCAGAGACUUCUUCCUCCUCUCCCAAGUGCUGUUGAUUUAUUGACACAGCUCUCUUCAAUAUACAAAUCAUACGGAAAUGCUUUAAAAACACCAUCAACAAUUUACAGACAUAAACUUUAUGAAUUACUAGCAGUAUUGCCUCCAAAGACCUAUGAAGGAAGUUUCUGUGCUGUUCUGAAAGAGUUAGUGACCGACUUGACUGUCCCAGAUAGCCAGAUUGAUGCCUCUACGUUCUUGCUUCCACCGCUUUGUCAUGAGAAUGAUCUCAUUUUACUCGGUCCCUUACUGCAGGAGACUGACCACCGAUUUAUCGAAGAGCAGCUCCUUUUAGGUAGCAGCAUAGCUAGUGGCAGCCUGGAGUACGACCCUCACGCAAUUUAUGAGAAAGCUGGAAAAGGGGACUCAGUACCCAAACCACUACCUCCUGCAUUGUCUGUUAUCAGUGCAGCAACUCGACUUUUUGGAGUUAUGUUUUCCCAUAUAGCAGAAUCUCACAGGCUCCAGGCAUUAGAACAGUUGUUGAAUUCCAUAAAGCAAACGAAAGGAUCACGACAACAAAUAGUACAACUACAUGUCGUGUCAGCCUUUUCUACAUCCUUAAAGCAUUUGGCUAACUGCAAGGGAAGUUUAGGUUCAGAAGAAGUUAGAAGGUCUGCCCUGGCAUUGGUAAUGGGUGCCUUGGAAAGCAAUAAUCCACUCCUAAGAUGCGCUGCUGCAGAGUGUUUGGCCAGGUUGGCACAGGUGGUUUCUGACAGUGCCUUCACCGCCGGAUUAGCACAAGUCAGUUUUGACAAGUUAAAAUCUGCCAGGGAUGUGGUAUCAAGAACAGGUCAUUCUUUGGCUCUGGGAUGUCUGUAUAGGUACCUAGGAGGAAUAGGUUCUACUCAGCACCUGAAUGCAUGUGUUGGAAUCCUGUAUACUUUGUCUCAGGACAGUACUUCUCCUGAUGUACAGGCAUGGGCACUACACUCUCUGUCACUGAUAGUAGAUUUGGCUGGGCCCUUGUAUCAUGUGCAUGUGGAACCUACCUUAUCUCUUGUUCUCAUGUUGUUGUUGACUGUGCCUCCUGCUUAUGCUGAAGUUCACCAAAGCCUUGGUCGCUGUUUAAAUACACUUAUUACCACGCUGGGCCCUGAGUUGCAAGGCAGCAGUACAACAGUUUCAGCCUUAAGAACUUCCUGCCUCUUGGGCUGUGCAGUGAUGCAGGAUAAUCCUGACUGCCUUGUUCAAGCUCAAGCCAUCUCUUGCCUUCAGCAGCUUCACAUGUUUGCUCCUCGACACGUCAACUUGUCUAACCUUGUAAGCUGCCUAUGUGAAAUCUUGUUGGAUAAUUCUGUGUUGAUGAAUCUCUGUAGCUCAUACCUAUUACUGAGACGUGCAGUGGUAUCUUGCUUACAUCAGCUUGUGCAAAGAGAAGCUGCUGAAGUAUCAGAAUAUGCUGUUGCAUCAGUAAAAGAGAGCAGAGAAGAUUUUACUCCAGCAGAUGUGAACAUCAGAGAAAUAGGCCUGGAGGGGGCAUUGCUGGGCUUGCUGGACAAAGAAUUGGAUCAAAGAUUGUGCCAAGAUAUCAAAGAGACUCUGACUCAUAUGCUUACUUCAAUGGCAGUUGAAAAGCUCUCUUUUUGGCUGAAGCUUUGUAAAGACGUUCUUGCUGCCUCUGCUGAUUUCAAUACAGUAGCUUCAGUAGAUACCACUCAAGAAGAGGAAACUGCCAAAGUGGAUGAUGCAUCUGUUUUAACAUCUGACAGCGAUGACAGGUUCCAUCCUUUCCGAAAUCCACGAUGGUCUACCAGAGUUUUUGCUGCAGAGUGUGUUUGUAAAAUUAUAAGCCAGUGUGAAAAUGCAUGCAGUGCACAUUUUGACAUAACUUUGGCUCAGGAAAGAAAACAACGUGAUUCAAGAGAUGACUUUUUGGUAUUGCAUUUAGCUGACUUAGUUCGUAUGGCUUUUAUGGCUGCCACAGAUCAUAGUGAUCAACUUCGUCUUUCUGGGCUUCAAACAUUGCAAAUUGUUGUUCGGAAGUUUGCAGCUAUUCCAGAACCAGAGUUUCCAGGUCAUGUAAUUCUGGAGCAAUAUCAAGCCAAUGUUGGAGCAGCACUUAGGCCUGCCUUUGCUCCUGAAACUCCUCCUGAUGUCACAGCAAAAGCAUGUCAGGUAUGCAGUGCCUGGAUAGCAAGUGGUGUAGUCAGUGAUCUUAAUGACCUUCGAAGGGUUCACCAGUUGCUUGUGUCCUCUUUGGUCAAAGUGCAGGCUGGAAAAGAAGCACAAAAUCAACAAUAUAAUGAAAGCACCUCAACUAUGGAGAUACUGGCUGUGCUUAAGGCUUGGGCAGAGGUUUACAUAGUUGCAGUUCAAAAGCAGAAAAAUCAAACUGAUGCACACAAUCACUGUUUAAAAAUUGCAAACUCUGCAGAAGAAAGCUACAGAGAUGUAACAUUUUCAGCCAGUGGACUUCUGGACUUGGUACAGGCAGAUCUUGGAACGCUAAGCAAGCUCUGGCUUGCUGCACUUCAGGAUUUUGCUCUCUUAACUUUGCCUUCAGAAUAUGCAUCACAACUACCUGCUGAAGGUGGUACAUUUUAUACAGCAGAGACAAUUGAAAAUGCCAGACCUCAUUACUACAACUCCUGGGCACUGAUACUUUAUGCUACAGCAUUAUGGCUGACUAGCACGGGUUUCGUUGUCGUGGAUCCAGAUGAAGGAGUUACAAAUCUCUCUCGACCUGUCACCCCAACUACCAUGUGUCAAGAUUCUUCUACCAGACCCUUGGUGAAGUCACCUGAGGAUGUGAAUACUGACAGAUUUCAUCUUAUCUUGGGAAUUAGUGUGGAAUUCCUCUGCUCUCCUCGAUCGGAUGCAGCAAUGGAGAAUAUUAUUGCCUGCUUGCAUGCCCUACAGACACUCUUUGAUGUUCCAUGGCCAAGGUCUAAAAUAGGUGGUGAUCAGGAGUUAGGUGUGGAGCUGCUGAAUGUUUUGCAUCGACUGAUACUGACCAGAGAAUCACCUGAUAUUCAGCUUGCUGCCCUUGAAGUGGUUCGCUUGAUUCUUUUUGCAGCUCAGGAACAUGUGAAGGAAAAGCGGAGAAGUGCAGAAGUUGAUGAUGGUGCUGCAGAAAAGGAAACGUUGCCAGAAUUUGGAGAAGGCAAAGACACAGGAGGACUGGUGCCUGGGAAAUCAUUAGUCUUUGCAACACUGGAGUUGUGUGUUUGUAUUCUUGUCAGACAGCUUCCCCAGCUCAACCCUAAAUUAACUUGUAGCCCUGCAGUUCAACCUGGAAAACAUCUGUUACUCUCAGAAGAUGGAAGUAGACUGGUAGCAGCAGCAUUAGUUAUUCUCUCUGAUGUUCCUGCAAUCUGUUCUCCUGAAGGAAGCGUUUCAGUUCUUCCUACUAUUUUGUACCUAAUUAUUGGAGUACUUAAAGAAACUGCUGUGAAAUCACGAGAUGGCCAGUUACCUCUGGUGGUUGCUGCAUCUCUACAAGCUCUUAAAGGACUCUUGUCUUCUCCAAUGUCUCGAGCAGAGAAGAGUAGGACUGCUUGGACUGAUCUUCUGCGUAGUGCUUUGGUCUCAGUACUUGACUGUUGGGAUCAAGAUAAAGAACUCCAAGAACUCGAUGAAGUUAGCCUGCUUACUGCUAUUACAGUAUUUGUUAUGUCUACCAGCCCAGAAGUUACUACUGUAGAGUGCCUUCAGAAGCGUUGUAUUGAGAAGUUUAAAAUAACACUUGAUUCAAAAGAUCCUCUUGUACAGUACAAGUGCUACCAGCUGCUGCACUCCGUCUUUCAGCAUCCAAACAAAACCGUGUCAUAUCCUUAUAUUCAUUCUUUAGCACCAUCCAUUGUGGGAAAACUGCAGGAAACAGAAAAAGCAAAACCUGAAAAUGCUGCUGAACUUCAAGUCAUUCAGGAGGGAAUAAAGGUGGUUACAGCUCUGACAGCUACUGCUGAGGAAGAGCACCGUGCUCAUUUGGUGGCCUGCUUUCUUCCCAUCCUUAUUUCCUUUCUUUUGGAUGAAAAUGCCCUGGUUUCUGCUACAAAUUCAGCAAAAAGUCUACAUGAGUUUGCUUUGCAAAAUCUGAUGCAGAUUGGUCCACAGUACUCAUCAGUUUUUAAAAAACUAAUGGCCUCCUCUCCAACUAUGAAAGCCAGGCUUGAGUCAGCUGUGAAAGGCAAUCAAGAAAGCAUCAAAGUGAAGACUGCUAAACAUGCAAAGAAUCCUGGGAAAAGUUCAAGCAUUCAGCUAAAGACCAAUUUUCUUUAAAGCUUUAUAUUGUCUUCUUACACAUUUUGAUAUCAGCAGCAAAAAACGUCCCUUUUAAUUUCUAAUCAAAGUAGAAUCGUUAUGAGUUGAUCUUAAGUAUUUGAGUUUGUGCUGAAGUAUUUCAGAAAGUUUUUAAGAGAAAUGAAAUCUCUAGGUAGCUUUCUGUUAGUCUAAGACUUCUUAAACAUCUCUAAAUACUGUGAAUAAAUCAGAGGUCAUCAAAUCUGUAUUUUUUAUUAUUUUGGACUAAAAUACCAGAAAUGCACAUGUCUAUAUUAAAAAAAGUAUAGCGAACUUUACCAUAGGUAUAUUUAGGAGAAGCCCACACUUAGCCAUUAAGUAAAAUUAAUUUUAUUUCAAAGCAAUAUUUGUCAAAAAGAAGUUACCUUAAGUGGUUUUUGGAUUUAACUGGGGCAUAAAUUUACUUACAGAUUGUAAUCUAUGCAAAUGACUAAUUUAACAGACUGCAUCAUUAAUUAAACAGGUUAAGUAUCCUUUUAAGCCUUACAAUAGUUUAUUGCUGAUCUCAGAAAAUUCAACUCAGUACAGGUAGUAUGAAGAGCUUUAAUCCUAAUGUCUUGAGCUGUACAAGAUGUAACAGUGAAACACAGCUCUAUGAUGCUUCUUCAUGAAGGACUCUGUAGUGCUUUCCAGAGUGGGACUAUGUAAGGAUUGGCAGGCUUGGUGCCUUGCUUCUCAACAUGGUCUCACUUUUCAGGAUGUGUACUUGUGUUAAGUUUCUAUUAGGUGAGCCAGGCAGUUGGAGCUUACAUAUCCUGUCCAGGGUAGGACAGCAAUUUUAACAUACUGUGCCUCAAUUCAGACCUCUGCUCUAUCUGGAUGUAUGUUUCCUGAUCUGUAAAUGAUCGGUUAUAUAUACAUGGAACUCACAGAAAUUUACGUAUCUCUGCAAUGAGAGAUGGACAUAUUUGAAGUCACUUUGUCCUGUGUCUAUAAAUAAAGUGCAACAAACUGAUAGUAAGGAGUAUAUAAUUAACAUUUUUAUCAAGGAACAUAUUUUAAUAUAGAAAGAUAACUAUCAAAAUUGCAAAGGCUAUAGAGUAUUUUGACUUCCUUCUUAAUACCAGUAUUAACUAAACCAAACACUAUCUAUCAAACUGAGGAUACUAUUUCCUUCUUGAAUCUAAUUGCUUUAAAAGAAAGAAGAAAAAAUUAUUUACGGAACUGAGAAACACACUGUGACUCAGGAAGAGUGUGAUGUACUGUAUUUUAUUAGAAGUUUUGUAUAUAAAUAUAAUUGUAAAUUGUACAGAAUUAACCAUUUGACCAAAGUUCUAACAAUUACUUUUUCUAAUUUACAUAAAUAAAGCUAAUUUUCUUCCCUUA